GGGGCACGUCGGACGCGUGACGUGGUUCGACGGAGGAGCACGGCGUGGUGCGUGACUCGGAUGCCCGGCGGCCGUGGGCCGUGGGCCGCACAAGGAGAACCGAGGUAGCCAGGCCCGGUCCGAUCGAUGGUGUAGAUCGGCGCUCAGUGCGUUCGAAAAAAAAACAUCUACUCCUCCUGCAUUUUCUCCGACUCGCUGCCGCGGGCGAGUCCGGCCGCCGGCGAUGCGGGGCCCGCACAGCCGCCCCCAGUGCACGCCGGCCCACCAGGCGGGCGCCCUCCUCCUGGUCGCCGUCACCUCCCUCCUCACCCGCCUCCUCUCGGCCCCUGCCCCUCCCCCGCCCUUCCCCACCCCCGGCCCGCGGCUCCCCGCCGCGGCCGACCACCUCCGCGUCUACGUCUACGCCGAGGACGAGGUCGACGGCCUGCGCGUGCUGCUCCGCGGCCGCGACGGCAGCGUCUCCGCCGCCACCUGCCUCAAGGGCCAGUGGGGGACGCAGGUGAAGAUCCACCAGCUUCUCCUGAGGUCAAGGUACAGGACACUGGACAAGGACGAAGCGCAUCUCUUCUUUGUUCCCAGCUAUGUCAAAUGUGUUCGCAUGACGGGGGGUCUCACCGACAAGGAAAUCAAUCAGACAUAUGUCAAGGUUCUGGGUCAGAUGCCAUAUUUCCGCAGAUCGGGUGGGCGUGACCACAUUUUUGUCUUCCCAAGUGGCGCUGGAGCUCAUCUGUUUCGCUCGUGGGCAACUUUUCUUAAUCGAUCCAUCAUCCUCACUCCGGAGGGUGACCGUACUGACAAGCGAGGUAUAAGCGCAUUUAAUACAUGGAAAGACAUUAUUAUUCCGGGGAAUGUGGAUGAUUCUAUGGUGAAACCUGAUGCUCGUGCUGUCCAACCAAUUCCGUUGAUGAAAAGGAAGUAUUUAGCAAACUUUCUUGGUCGUGCCCAGGGAAAAGUAGGCCGUCUUAAAUUGGUGGAGCUGGCAAAGCAGUAUCCUGACAAGCUGGAGUCUCCAGAACUGAAGUUGUCUGGGCCUGACAAAUUGGGUAGGGUUGAUUACUUCAAACACCUGAGGAAUGCAAAGUUUUGCCUAGCUCCUCGUGGGGAGUCUUCGUGGACGCUUCGCUUUUAUGAAUCUUUCUUUGUGGAAUGUGUGCCAGUUCUUUUAUCAGAUGAGGUUGAGCUCCCUUUCCAGAAUGUGAUUGACUACACCGAGAUAUCGAUAAAAUGGCCAUCGUCCAAGAUCGGUCCUGAACUUUUCCAGUACCUUGAGUCGAUACCAGAGGAAAGGAUCGAGGAGAUGCUUGCCCGUGGACGCGAGGUGAGAUGCAUGUGGGUGUAUGCCCAGGACACUGAGCCCUGCUCCGCGAUGACUGCCAUCAUGUGGGAGCUGCAGAGGAAGGUGAGGCGGUUCCACCAGUCUGCAGAAACCUUCUGGCUUCACAACAGGUCGAUCGUGAACAGAGAUUUAGUGGAGUUCCAGCAGUGGGGAACACCUGUUCCAUUACCAUGACUUUCCGUGUGUAUCGGGUUGAUUGGUCAGAUUUUGGGUUGUUGUAUGGUGGUAGAUGUUCGAGGUAGGGUGAGUGACUUCUCUUUCAUCUAUUCAUUGCCGUCGUCACCCUUGAGGAUGGAUGCCACUUUUUUAGAGAGUUGUGUGUGCAUACUGGCUGAAAAGUGUGUUCUAUUGUUGCAUUGACAAAGUUGUAACAUUUUUGCCCAUUUACUUUCCUGAGGAUCGCAUGGAUCUCGAGAAGAACCUACUAGCCGACA